GUCGCCGAGCUUGUGCAAGUUGGGAUUCCAUGUUCGGAGGAAGUUUUCGUUGAGAGAGCGGCUGCUGCGGGGCAUCCAAGGUCAUUGACCUGUCAUGUCGAGCCUGUUGUUUCUGCAUGCGCGAAAGCGAACUUUGAGGAGCCUGCAGCAGACCUGGCGUCUUUUCGUAUUUCUUCUAUGAAAUAUUGGAUUGGUCGUGCAGAGGCUCUAAAGCAUAAAGAGCAGCAGUUGCAUGCAGAUCUUCCAGAGCAUUUGCGGCCCAUCUUGAAAGGCAAGAGGCUCUUGCUCCUUAGGGAGAUGAUGGAGGCCGCAGGGUGCGAGGACGGGGCUCUGGUGGAUCACAUCUGCCAGGGAUUCCGGCUGUCUGGUUGGCUUCCUGCUUCAGGUGAGUUUGUUGCAAGGCUGAUACUUGGGACGCAGAAGGAACUCGAUGCCGGGUGGGUCUGGCUAGACGAGGGCCCUUUGCCUGAGGGAGUCGUCAUAGCUAUGCGUUUUGGGAUCAUGCAAAACAAGUUGAGAGUGAUCGAUGAUCUCUCCUGUUGUGGCUUGAAUGCUACGGUGGGAUUGUUGGAGAAAUUCUGUUUGCAUACCAUUGACAAGCUUGCUUCGAUGAUGGCUUAUGCUUUCGAUGUCGUCAAGGGUCCCAUGCCUGAAUGCGUAGGGGUAGGAUCCGUUGCCGCUUUCCUUCGAAUCAGCAUUGCGUUGUGGCGCAUCGGAACAGUACUUUUCAAGUUGUUCUGGUCGGCCUACUUUGACGACUACAGCGUAAUCUCAUCAAAGCAACUGGGUGCCAAUGCCCAGUGGACUGUUGAGAACCUGUUUGACCUUCUGGGUUUCAGAUUUGCGAAGUCUGGAUCCAAGGCCGCCCCUUUUGGCACUACCUUCGAGAUGUUGGGCUUGUGCGUCGACCUCACUAAGGUGCAACAUCGCGUGAUGAAGGUGGGACACACCUCGAAGCGGAAAGACGAGCUUCAUAGAUACCUCCAGGAGAUCUUGAGCAAGGGCUCCUUGGACUCUAAGGCGGCGGAACGCUUAAGAGGUAGGAUGGUGUUUGUUGAAGGCUUCUCUUUCGGUAGAGUGUCUAAUCGUGCCCAGCGCAUCAUCGGCAGAUGCGCUGAAAAACCUGUGGCGACGACCUUGUCAGAAGAUCUGCAGUCGGCCUUGAGGUGGCUGGACUCGCGAGUGUGCGAGAGUGAGCCUCUGUCAAUCGACAGGAACAUGAUUAGGACUGUUCUAGUUUUCACUGAUGGUGCUUGCAAUCCCGAAGAGGGCACAGGUGGUGUUGGGGGCGUUCUAGUGAGCGCUUCUGGCAGAGUCUGCGAGUUCUUCGGUGAAGCAGUGCCUAGCUCGUUGAUGGAUAAGCUUUUGAGCUUCAGCGAGAAUCCAAUCUUCGAACUGGAAUUGAUUCCUCUCUUGAUUUGCCUUAAGAUUUGGGUGCCACUCUUGAAGGGAUCGCAAGUUGUUUUUUACUUGGACAACGAUGGUGCAAGACAUUCCAUGAUCCGAACUUAUGGUGGCAGUUCUUUUGCGGAGAAGGUGAUAGAAACUUUCCUCCUUCUCGAGAAUGCUCUCGAGUUGAAGACGUGGUUCUCUCGAGUUCCGACUUCAAGCAACAUAGCGGACAAUCCGUCCCGGCUAGUGUUUCAGCCUCUUUUAAAAAGAGGUGCUGCAAGGCGUGCUGUGCCCUGGGAUUGUCUCCUUCCGUGA